AUGGCGCUGUGUUUGGUAUUGUUCUUUCUGAUUGCAGGGACUAGUUUGGGGCUGGAGAAUACACAGGCCUUGAAUGUGUCUCAAAGAUGUGAGGAGGACACCAACACCUUUAUCUGGGAAAUUAACCAGGAGACACCCAAGGAAUAUGCUGUUUUCAUGCACAAUGCAUCUGGAAGGAUUGGUGGCAAUGUUACAGGAGGUGACGUCAACCAAACUGGUUCGCUGGACCAGUGUCAAUCUGCCAAUGGUCCUACUUUCUCUGGACAGUACUGCCAGGCAUUUCUUUCACAGGGAACUAUCCAGUAUGUUGUGGGUGUUUGUGUCCCUGACUCCUGCAGUGAAGAGGACGUACAUUUUCUUGUGCUGCAUGGGAGACUUCAGUAUGGUCAGACAGCGCUUAUUUCACCAAUACUGGUCAACCAGUCCAUUCAGGAGAUGACCAUGACACGAUGUUUGCCCAACAACACCAUUGCUCCAGAUGCAUCUGGUCAUGGAUAUGUGGCCUGUCUGUUUGUGUGUUGCUUAAUGGUUGCAAUUCCUCUAGCAGCUACCAUGUUCACUGCUUUGUUAAGCUGGCAAAAGAACAAGGAUGUCAGUCCAUCUCCAGAGGCAUGCUGUAAAAACACUGCACUAAACCUUUAUGGGGGUUUGAAGUCCAAUGAGUCCUGCAGCAGUGAAAUGAACAUAAGUACUUCAGAGGAGUUUAGUACGUACAGUAUUUAUUAUAAGUUUGGUGCAUGUGAUUGUUCUGCAAAAUGGUCUGAAUUCAUCAUUUUGUACAAACAAAUACCUCUAAAUACAAGCACAGACCAGUUGCUACAUUUUGUAACUAGAUAUGAAGAUAAACACAAACCAGUCUGUUUUCCACGACACUGUCUGGAGCGGUGGCUGCAGGCAUUUUCUCUACAGAAUACCUGCCGUGGUGUCUUCAGCACAACCUCAUCAAUCCCAGGAGGAGGAUACUCCUCCCUGAAUGGAAUCCGUGCUCUCUCCCUGUUAUGGAUCAUAUGUGGCCAUAAUAGCAUAUUCACUUAUUUCUACAACAUUGAUAAUGUUGAAGAAUGGUUCGAAUAUUCAAGGAGCAGCCCUUUUCAUAUUAUCACGGCUGGACCAGGUUAUCUGGCUGUAGACACCUUCUUAGUGCUUGGGGGUAUGCUUAGUGCCAAGUCUCUGUUAGGCUCCAUCAACAGGGCAGAGGGCAAACUGAGUGUCUCUGUGGUGGGAAACUACUUCUACAGCAGGAUCAAAAGGAUUCAGCCACUACAUAUAUUCUGUCUGUGUCUAUUGAUCGGUGUGUCCUCGCUGGUCCAGUGGGGACCCCACAUGGAAUAUUUGGAAGAAGUAGAAACUUGCAAGAAAUAUUGGUGGGCUAACGUUUUGUUCAUCAACAAUCUCAUAAAUUAUAAACACACAUGUUUACCUUGGACAUGGUACUUAAGUCUAGACUUCCAGUUUUAUGCCACCACUCCUGUGUUACUCUAUCUUCACAAAUUGAACAGAGGUGUGUUUGCAGCUGUGGUAGGAGGUUUGUUGCUACUAACCACUGCUGCUGGUGCCAUUUUGACAGCACUAAAUCACUUUCAAGUCUAUACACCAGGAACAGGGCGCUUGGACAAAAUAGUAUCAUAUAUGACAAUGUACUAUACUAAACCUUACACAAGAUAUGGCCCAUAUUUACUUGGGAUCCUGCUUGGAAUACACUUUGUGACAAAAAAAUAUCAGCUCAUAAAGAAAAAGUGGCAGGCAGCACUCGGUUGGUUCUGCACUAUUUUCCUCAUGGCAGUGGUGUUUGGCUUGGCCUUUGCCCUCAGGGAGACCCCAGACUACCCAUCUGUGCCACAUGCCCUCUAUCAGGGACUGCACAGAACAGUCUGGGCUUUGGCUAUCGUCUGGAUCAUUGUUGCCUGUGAGGAAGGAUAUGGAGGUUUAAUCAAGAGUGUCUUGUCACUGGGUUUCUGGAUUCCAAUUUCCAACAUUAGUUUUGCUGCCUAUUUGUUCCAUCCUAUUGUAAUAAUCCUGCAUAAUGGAGUGCAAGAAAACACAUUUCACUUCACAGUCUUCAACUUUAUGAUCCUGUACUUUGGCCGCUUACUGCCGUCACUGUUGAUUGGCUACAUGUUGACUGUGCUGAUUGAGAAGCCCUACUUCCUAAAAUACAGUAAAUAAAUACAGUGGACAUGAGAAAACACAAUUGAAACUGUAUCAACACAUUGUCAUUUCUAUAUUGGUCUAUUUGUGCUUUCCCACUUAAAGGUGACAUCGACUGCUCGUAUCGCACAUAUAUGUUAGUUAUGGAGGUCUACUUAGAUAUAUUAACUUGUUUUCAAAAACCUCCCAGUCGCUGCAAACAAGCUGAUCUAAAUAUCUCCUCACUGACGCUCUCGUCAGCCGCGCUGUUUCAGACUAAAAUCACACCCCCAGAACGCGGACUGUGUUGUGAUUGGCCAGCCAACAAGAGCUUCACAGAGAGAGAUAAUACAGCUCCCCCUGGAUGGCACGGUGGAUGCUCUGCAUCUGAGCAGCUACAACGAGAGUAGUUCUUCUUCUGUGGUUGAAUGUACACAACCGGAUGUGCACGGACUAGUGGUGACGAUUUCCUGAUGACAUCAUCAGCAAACGGAAGUGCCUUUCCACCUUGCAGAGCCCAGGAAAACAAUAAAACCCUAUUUUCUCAGCAGUGGCUGAACUCUUUGUUCUGAAACUUUAGGGUUUCAUUAACAAGACGCAGAUACACACACACAAAAGCAGGGUUAAUUGGAGCUUGCGGUCUAUGUCGCCUUUAAUUAAUGUGGACAAUUAAGAGGGUUAAAGGGGAGAAAAAACAUUGUGUCAUUGACAUAGAAAUACCCUGUGCAUUGUCUUUUUUUAUUACACAGUCAUGUGGUUGAAUUUGAGGCACAGAAAAAAAAUUACUUUAAUUUUUAUUUCAUAUUAUCAUAUUAGCUAAAUAAAUGAC